UCAGACGCUACCGAACGCCGGUACGGUGUUGCACGGUGUGUGCUGUGCUUUCUUCGCCGUCCAUCGGGAGAACAGAGAGGGAGAGAGAGAGAGAGAGAGAGAGGGAGACAGAGAGGGAGAGAGAGAGAGAGAAGAGAGAAGGACAGAGUCAGAGAUCAUCGCGUGGACCAUCUCGCGGAGUCCUCGCGCGUACCCUUCCCAUACCGAUCCGAUCCUCUGCUUUUUAUUCUUCGCAUCGUUGUUGCCCACUCGUUUGCGACGACGGACACACCGAUAAUUAAAAGAGGACAAAGUUCUUCGUCUUUCAUUCCUUUAUUUAAAUAUUCGCGUCAUGAGUCGUUGAAGAAUUCGUCGAAAGAAAGAGAUAGACAAAUAGAGAAAAAGAAAGAGAUUGCGAUUUCACGCGAGAAGAGGGCGAAGAGGUCGAGGAGUACUCUUUGCCUUGUUAUCGAAAUGAAGAGGAACCGUGUUUUAUUAAGGAGUGCGUUGCUCUUCUUGCUGAUCGGCGCUGAUCUACUCGUCUCCGCAUCCGAGAACGAUGACUUGGUUUUCGAUCAAGAUGGGAAACAAUCGAGCCUGGAAAUUCCGUUGAUCGAGAAACACGAGGAGCGAUCGAUCUUUCACAGGAUAAAGAGAUCCUUCUUUAGUUUUUUCGAUCCCUUCGUAUCAACGCCUGUCGCUACCAAUACCAGUGCUGCUACCAUCGACAACGGCACCGGCGGCUCAGCGACCGGUACCACGACGGUAUCAUCGCCGACGCACCUUCGGGGAAACGAAGGCACCGUUCGACUCGUCGACGAUAAGAAUAACACCGACGUCUCGAAACCUAGGAAAGGCGGUCCGAAUUUGGAGAGAUUGAUUCGGAACAGUCAGGAGGAGUACGUCGACGACAAGCAGCAGGAGAACGAGAUCGGUGAAGCGGCGGAAGGACGAAGGCAAUCGCAAAAUUAUGUCAAUUCCGACGACGAGGACCUCGUGGCGUCGGGCGAGAUCGAGGGUAGCGCAACGGACUCGGACGUUUCCCAACCUGUCACCGAGGGGCAAAAGAUCGAAGGAAAGGCCCGGCUCUAUCGGAUAACGUUGACGGUCGGCGAGCCUUACAGAAGAGAGUACGCCGACAGAAACAGCAGAGAGUACAAGGAGCUAAGCGGUAAUCUGACUCAGGCUUUGGAAGAACUGUACGCUCGACGUAUUCCCAAUUACGAUCACAUGGCCAACGUCAUCAAAGUAUCGCCAACGUCCGACGCGUUUACGUCGCAAGUCACACUCGACAUCGGCUCCACGUUCACGGACGAGUUGGAGAUUCGAGAUAUACUGGAGAAACAGUUGCAGUAUCACUCCUUGGGAAGCAUCCAAGUCGGUCCGGAGGGAUUCACUUUCCGACAUUUCCUAGUGGAGAAAGAAAACGUAUUGCCGGAAUGCGAUCAGUCGAGCGAAUUAACGUGUAGAAACGGUGCAUGCGUGCCAUUAGAUUCGCGCUGCGACGGCACGGAGCAAUGCGAGGAUGGAUCCGACGAGCUCGAUUGUCACUCGACCUUACGGCCGACUACGACGCACGUUAGCGAGAGCGAAGAAGAGAGAUGGUCUUUGCCAACGGAGAUAACCGGCGACGUCGAGGAGCCGACCGAAACUGCCGUGGCAAGAGCCAAAGGAGAGGAAGAGGAUUCGACCUUGAGAGCAGCGUCGAACAAAUGUCGCGCCGACGACGUGGUCCGCUGUCAGGAUGGAAGUCGUUAUAUUUGUUCCGUACAGCGAUGCGACGGCGUGCCGGAUUGCGAGGACGGGGCCGAUGAAGUAGGAUGUCCGCAUUCAGGCUGCAAGUUCGGCGAAUUCGCUUGCGACGUACGGAGGUGCAUCCUGGAAUCUCAACGUUGCAACUUCGUCGAGGAUUGUCAAGACGGAAGCGACGAGCACGAUUGCAACUAUCCCGCGUGCACGUCGAACCAAUUCAAAUGCAGGAACGGAGAGUGUAUCGACGGAAGCAAGCAUUGCGACGGCGUUUUGGAUUGUCGAGACAGAUCGGACGAGUAUGGCUGUCCCUGCAGGGAAUACCAAUUCGAGUGCUCGGCCGGUUACUGCGUAGACCUAUCUCGUCGCUGCGACGGAUACAUCGAUUGUUUCGGCGGAAAGGACGAGGAAAAUUGUAUCGGAACGACAAGAUGCCGAGAGGGCGAAUUCGAAUGUGCCAGCGGUACGUGCGUCAGCAAGAUGGCAAGGUGUAAUGGACGCAACGACUGCGACGAUCGUUCCGACGAGUAUAAUUGCACCGUGACGACCUGCAGCAGCGAUCAGUUCCGUUGCAUAGACGGUAUCUGUUUGAGCAUCGACAAAAGAUGCAACGGCGUGGCCGAUUGCCGUAACGGCGAGGACGAAAACCAGUGCGGUUGCGGAGAUGCAGAUUUUCGGUGCACGGACGGCCGAUGUAUAGGCUACGAGUUGCAGUGCAACGGGGUGAACGAGUGUUCCGAUGGCUCGGAUGAGAGGGAUUGCGGUUUGGCCCCCUGCCCUUCCAUGGACUUCACCUGCGGCGAUGGCUCUUGCAUACCGAAGAGUUCGGUCUGCGACGGAUUCGACGACUGCCCGAGGGCAGAAGACGAGCUUAAUUGCGACCAGGAAUGUACGCCAACGCAGUUCAAAUGUCUCACCGGGAACAAGUGCAUCGAGGGUAUCUACAGAUGCGACGGCCAUCCGGAUUGUCCAGAUCGCAGCGACGAGGACUGUGCUAACGAAACGAUUACACAUACCAGCCCGCCUACGAACCGAACCUGGCCAGGAUGGGCGAACGAGAAAACGAGGGAAUGCGAUCCUAAUCGAGAAAUGCGCUGCGACGACGGCAAGUGCGUGCUUCUCAAACGUAAAUGCGACAAUAUCUUCGACUGUCUCGAUGGUAGCGACGAGCGCGGUUGCGGAAUCUGCACGCCUGCCGAAUGGAAGUGCGCCAGUGGCGAAUGUUUGCCAGAAAACGAAAGAUGCGACGGGCUACGCAAUUGUGUCGAUGGAUCGGACGAGUCUGGAUGUGUAACUGAAUGUCCGCCUGGAAACUUUCGAUGCAACGACGGAUUGUGCCUCGACAGUAAGAAACGAUGCGACGGACGAUCGCACUGCUUGGACGGCUCCGAUGAGAUCAAUUGCCAGUGCCCCGUUGGUAAUCGAGCGUGCGACAACGGCGUCUGCAUCGACGAAAGAUUUUUCUGCGACAAAAGCUACGACUGUCUGGACCACAGCGACGAACGCGAUUGCGACGACGAGGCAACGAGCGAGAAGGGCUAUCCCAAGGAGGAGGAGUGUCGCGCCGACGAAUUCGCCUGCAACGACGGAACUUGUAUACCUCGAGCUCUCGUCUGCGACGGUCAAUCGGACUGUCCGCAGAGUACGGACGAGUUCGACUGUUAUCCUCACGGGUGCGGACAAGAUCAGUUUCAAUGCAGAACCGGCGAUUGUAUCAGGAACGACCAGAGGUGCGACGGACGUAUCGAUUGCGAGGAUGGCUCGGACGAACCCUCCGAGUGCGACGCUACGACCCUCGAGCCAGAAGGACCGGGCGCCCGUCCGAUGCCAGGCCGUUGUCCGGCCGGACAAUUCCAGUGCGUUUUGGACAAGGCCUGCGUACCACACUCGUCCGUUUGCAACGGCGUUCCCGAAUGUCGAGACGCCAGCGACGAGAACAAUUGCGAUUACACGAUCGAGGAGGAGUGCUCGUUGGACGAGUGGAGAUGCGAGAACGGCGGUUGCAUCUAUCUCCAUCAACGCUGCAACCAAUUAGUCGAUUGUACGUUCGACGAGAGCGACGAGCUCGGCUGUAAUUAUACGCUCGGAAGGGAAAAUAACGGUACGUGCGAGCCGCACGAGUGGAGAUGCAAUAACGGCCAGUGUAUACCGUUGUCUCGGCGCUGCGACAAAAGGGUUGACUGUCUUACGGACACGUCCGACGAAUUCGACUGCAGUUACGAUCCUCGUCCGACCGGUGGAUCGACCGAGCUGAACUUGAAAACUUAUCCGAGCGAGCAAGUGAUCAAGGAGAAUCCGGCGAAGCAAGGCCGCGAGGUCGUCUUCCAAUGCCGUGACGAAGGUCCUCUGCGUGCAAGAGUACACUGGCUUCGCGAUAACGAUCUUCCUCUACCGCCUGCCAGUCGAGAUCUAAAUGGCAGAUUGGAAAUACCAAACAUUCAGCUCGAUCACGCGGGGACUUACAUUUGCGAAGCAGUGGGCUAUCCUCCAUCUACCCCGGGAAGUCGACUAAGCGUUAAUCUCACUGUUGAAAAGUUCGAGGAACCGGCAACGAGGCCGCCGCAAGUAUGCCAAUACGAUCAGGCCACGUGCAGCAACGGGGAUUGCAUUCCGAAGUCUUACGUUUGCGACGGAAAAUUCGACUGCACCGACGGCUCCGACGAGAUGAGAUGCAGUCCGCACGGGUGCGAGCCCAACGAGUUUAGAUGCAACAACAAGCAGUGCGUGAGCAAGCUUUGGCGCUGCGACGGCGAGAGGGACUGUGCCGACAACAGCGACGAGGAGGACUGUGCACCCGCUCCGCCCGGCUCGCCCUGUCGCUAUCACGAAUUCGCUUGUGCGUCCUACAAUCAAUGCAUACCGAAGAUCUAUCAUUGCGAUCGAGAAAGGGACUGUCUCGACGGUAGCGACGAACUUGGCUGCUCUCCCGUGUACAUCGUGAAGCCACCGCCGCCGAUGGUAGUCCUCGAACCGGGCGAUCUUAUGGUACUGACCUGUACGGCGAUCGGCGUACCCAUUCCGGAGAUAAACUGGCGACUGAACUGGGGACACAUACACUCGAAAUGCAGCACUACGUCCGUGAACGGAACCGGGACGUUAACGUGUCCUGAUAUACAGCCGGAGGACUCGGGCGCUUACUCCUGCGAAGCCUUGAACGUCGUCGGCUUCGUUAUAGCCCAGCCGGACGCUAUUUUGGUGGUAAAAGGGCCGAAGGGCAUCUGCCCGAAGGGAACGUUCAACGCGGAAGCGCGCUCCGUCGACGAGUGCAUAUCUUGCUUCUGCUUCGGCGUAGCUACCGAGUGUCGCAGCGCGAAUCUGUUCACUUAUCAGAUCCCGCCGCCGUUCGAAAGUCACAAAAUCGUAUCGGUACAAACGGAAUCGGAGAUACGUUUGUUCGGCGACAUCAAGGAUCAAAUAUCCGAGGUUCGACCGAUCGGCCGCGAUGGCAUUCAAUUGCUCGAAUCCUUCAGCAACGAGAUGAGUACGCACAGGAUACCGUAUUACGCCCUGUCCGAGAACUAUCACGGCAGCCAAUUGAAGUCUUACGGCGGUUAUUUGACUUAUACGAUCCAUUACAACGGCAACGGUGCGCCGAACGACGCGCCCUCGGUCAUUCUUACCGGCAACAAGUACGUGCUCGUUCACAAAGGCCAUCACAUACCGCCCGACUACGAGACGAAAGAAACCGUUAGAUUUUUCUACGGCGAGUGGUACAAGCGUCAAGGUAACAGCGAGGUGCUCGCAUCUAGGGAAGAAAUAAUGAUGACGCUGGCUAACGUCGACAAUAUUCUCAUCAAAGCGAAGUACGAAGAUUCCCCGCAGUUGGACGUACGCAUCACCGACAUCGUAAUGGACACCGCCGACGCGCGCAAUACCGGAUUGGGAUCCGCGUCCUUCGUGGAGGAGUGCCAGUGCCCUACCGGAUACACCGGGCUUUCGUGCGAGAACUGUGCACCGGGAUUCCUCAGGCGCGAGAGCGGACCGUGGCUUGGACAAUGUUACCGAGACGAUCCACCCUGCGCCCCGGGCUACUACGGAGAUCCUUCGAGGAACAUACCUUGCCAGCUUUGUCCGUGUCCUCUGACCAAUCCGUCGAACCAAUUCACUCGGACCUGUCAUCUCGGAUCGGACGGCGAGCCUACGUGCGACUGUCCGGCUGGAUACGUCGGUCGUAGAUGCGAACAAUGUGCCAUCGGCUAUCAAGGAAAUCCUCUCAUUCCCGGCGACAUGUGCGUACCCGUUCAACAAUGCGAUCCCGAUGGUAGCCUCACUCCGAACGCCGACCCCUAUACCGGAAAGUGUCGUUGCAAGCUAUACGCAACGGGCCUGACGUGCAACCAAUGCAAGGCAAAUACAUUCAACCUGGGCUUUAGGAAUCAAUUCGGAUGCAUAAGUUGCUUUUGCAUGGGUAUUACGAACAAGUGCGUCUCGUCCAAUUGGUACAGAAACGAGAUUCACGUGUCGUUCACGAAUUCCUUGCGAGGUUUCACGCUGACCGAGUCGAAAACACCCGACGCACCACCGAUAUCGGAUGGCAUUCGCCUCGACACGAUCAAUCGCGAAAUAGUCUACAACGACUUUCAUAAUCGCGGUAACAACGACGUCUAUUAUUGGCAACUGCCGAAUAUAUUCCUCGGCGAUCAGAUAACGUCGUACGGUGGUCAUCUCAAAUACACGGUCCGAUACGUCCCAUCGCCCGGUGGUCAAAGUUCGAGAAACAACGCCGCCGACGUCGAAUUGAUCAGCGCCAACGACAUUAAAUUGCUCUAUUACUCGCGAGAAUCUCCCGAGCCUAAUUCUCAACAAUCGUUCACCGUUCCGUUGCUCGAGCAAUAUUGGCAACGUGCCGACGGAACCACCGCCGACAGGGAACAUCUUUUAAUGGCACUGGCGGACGUACGAGCUAUCAAGAUCAAGGCCACUUACACGACCCACACCGACGAGACGGCGCUCUCCUCGGUUUCCCUCGAUACGGCGGAGAAGCAUAACACUGGAAAGGCAAGGGCGGUCGAAGUCGAGGAAUGCGGUUGUCCCGUCGGAUACAAGGGACUCUCGUGCGAGGACUGCGACGUUGGAUAUACGAGGGCCAUGGAAGGCCUGUAUCUUGGAAUUUGCGAGCCUUGUAAUUGCAACGGGCACUCGAGUCAGUGCGAUCCCGAGAGCGGACUGUGCGAGAAUUGUGCCGAUCACACUACCGGGGAAUACUGCGAAAGAUGCGAACCCGGAUACGAAGGAGACGCGACUCGUGGUACCGCCAACGAUUGUACGCGCAGAACCGAUCCCGUACAGUGCACCUGCAACGAAGCUGGAUCUCGUAGCGCUUCGUGUUUCGGCGGUCGCUGCGAGUGCAAGAGGAACGUCGAGGGACCGGAAUGCAACAGAUGUCGUCCGUCUACCUUUGGAUUGUCCGCUGAAAAUACGGACGGUUGUAACGAGUGUUACUGCAGCGGCGUGACCAAACAAUGUCACGAAAGUUCGCUCUACGUUCAACAGAUUCCGAUAUGGGUUUACGAUUCCCAUCAUGGAUUUACCCUUACCGACGACACGAGACAAGACGUUAUAGACGACGGCUUCGACUUGAACGUUGCUAUGAACGAAAUUGGAUAUCGCUAUCCCGACAACCGUAGUCGCAGACUGUUUUGGUCUUUGCCAUCCGCUUUCACCGGUAAUCAAGUAAAAAGCUACGCCGGCAGUUUGACUUUGACUCAGCACAUCACUGCGCAGCCCGGCGCACAAAGCUACAAAGAUCAAGACAUUUUACUCGUUGGAAACGGCAUCACGUUGUUCUGGACUAAUCCAACAGACGUUUUACCGGACAUACCGCUGACCUACUCCGUCCCACUGAGAGAAUCGGAGUGGAAACGAUUGACGACGGCGGGACCACGCAGUGCUUCUCGUACGGACAUGAUGACGGUUCUUUCCAAUAUCGAAGCUAUUCUGGUACGAGCUUCUCACAGUGAAAAAAUGACGGCGACUUACAUCAGCGACAUUAGUCUCGACACGGCGGUAGAAAACUUCACCGGACACAGAAGAGCGACUCAAGUCGAAGCGUGUCGUUGUCCAGCUGGUUACGUCGGAACGUCUUGCGAAACUUGCGCCCGUGGAUAUUACAGAGAUACCAGUGACAGAGCUUUUAGCGUUCUUGGCUCUUGCAAUCCCUGUCCGUGCAACAACAACGAAGAAAACUGCGAGAUCAAUAGGUCCGGACACGUCAAGUGUAAUUGCUUGCCAGGAUACGCAGGACAAAAUUGUCAAGACGUUGUCGAAUAUCCUCCAACGAUUCCUCCUCCGACACCGACUAUUACCCCACCAAGGAUCGUCGUUUUCGUGCAAGAACCAGAAUUCCAAAUCGUGCACACUGGAAAUACCGUCAGAUACCAUUGCAGCGGUAGAUCGCUCGACAACGGUUCUUUGUACAUUCGUUGGGAGAAGGAAGGCGGUCAGUUACCAUCCGGUAGAAGCAUAGACGAUUCUCACGGAGUCUUGAUCAUUAGAGACGUCAAAGUGUCCGACAGCGGUAUAUACGUUUGUCAAGUUAGCGACGGAAUAAACAUUGGAAUCAAAAAAGUCACUCUUACCGUUGGAGCUUUUCCCAAAAGUUUGUUAGAGAUACCAGGAGCGAAUCCGGUAAAACCUCGAGUCGUAAUCAUGCCGCCUUACCUCGAAGUCAAGGAAGGAGAACCGGUAGAAUUUCAUUGCGACGCCAACGGUAAUCCUCCUCCGCAAGUAGAAUGGAUUCGACUUCAUGGAAGCAUCAGCUCGGAGUCUUCCUUCCAUAACGGCGUUUGGAGGCUCCCGGCUGCCUCGAGAAACGACGCAGCCGAAUACAAAUGCAUCGCUAAGAAUAACGUCGGAGUGGAGGAAAAAACAACGAUUCUAUACGUUAGAGAAAAUCCGGAAGGGCCUCCGGCUACCGGCUUGGCUCCGAUCAUAACACCCGCCGAAUGGAUCGGCUCCAUCGGAGACGUCGUCAGGCUUACCUGCACCCCGUCGCAAAGUGCUAAUCUAACGUGGACUCGAUCGGACGGCUUGCCUCUACCUUACUCCGCGACCCAGCGCGAUGGCAUUCUGACAAUCAAUAAUCCAACGAUCAACGAUUCCGGCUUAUACGUCUGCAUCGCUGUCAGUUACAAAGGAACGGAAACGAAUUCUACCGCUAGAAUAACGAUAAUCCCACGAAGAGAUCCUCCGACGGUUAAAGUCAAACCUGAAAGACAAAUAAUAUCUCAAGGAACGUCGACCGAGAUACGUUGCGUUACGAGCGGAGAGGCGGGUCUGCAAGUGAAAUGGAAUAAAUUUUCGGAAACGAUGAAUUCGAACGUCCAACAAGUCGGAGAUACACUCAGAAUUAUUAAUGCGCAAGUUUCUGACCGAGGCGUAUAUAUUUGUCGUGUCAGUAGUCCUAUAGGCAGCUACGAAGCUAGUGCCAUCGUCGAGGUCGAACCUCGUGAAGUUCCGGUCCUCGAAUUAUAUCCGAAAGACAUCCAGCCCGUCACCCUUGGUGGUUCUGCCGAUUUGCAAUGUCGCGCCAUAGCCGGUCUUCCACUUCCCGAGAUCCAUUGGUCUCGUCAAGACGGCAGAUCGUUUGCUCCGAACAUCGAACAACUUCCUGGCGGAUUAUUGAGACUCUCUAAUAUCACGAUAAACGACGGUGGUUCUUACGUGUGCUCGGCCACGAACGAAGUUGGUUCCGCGUCCGAGAUAGCCCAUAUCGAAGUACAGUCGAUACCUGUUAUUACGAUCGAGCCAAGGACGGGUAUUUUGCAAGUGAAACUUGGAGACAGGGUGCGAUUGACUUGCAGCGCUGUAGGCCAUCCACAGCCAAACGUUGCCUGGAGUAAACAUGUCAAUGGAUUGGCCACGUACGAUGCGUACAGCAAAACAGCUGCGACGCCGUUAAGCGCGGUAUACGAAAUAUUCUCGGUGUCCUCCGACGACGAAGGUUCCUACUCCUGUCAAGCAUCGAACUCGGUAGGCAUAGUAGAGGACCGUGUCCAAAUACGCAUCGAGGACAACGAUAUCGACUCUACGCCUUGUCGAGGCGAUAUGACUUGUGACAACGACAACAGACGUCCGCCGACUCAGGAUCCCAGAUAUCCUUAUCAAGGUGGCGUAUUGAUUCCCGAAGACUUUUUAAGAAUUCCCAAUAGCGGUAAAGUGGAAAUGCGCUGUCAGGUGAUUGCCCCAGAUGGCGAUCAGAUUUAUCUUGAUUGGAAGAGGAGCGAUCAUCGUGCCUUACCGAAGGGCAGUACCGUUCAUAAUGGCGUUUUAAGCAUUCCGACGGUCGACAAAAAUGCCGCAGGGGAAUACAUCUGUCUUGGCUUAAAUCCUGCCGGCACGGUCAUUUUCAAAGCUAAAUCUCAUCUGGAAAUCAUAUCUCCACCUAGGAUCGAGCUUAAUCCAACCCGUCAAACCGUUGGACCUGGUAAAAAUCCUUCUAUAACGUGCACCGCGACCGGCGACGAGCCUCUUCACAUUCAAUGGGAAGCUAUAGGACGGCCACUUCCGUAUUCCGUAUCUAAUGAUAAUGGCGUUUUGCAAUUCCACGGUAUAACGUAUUCGGAUGCUGGAAAGUACGUUUGCAAGGCCACGAACGAGGCGGGCACGGCAGAGGCGGUAGCGGAAGUCAUAGUUAACGAACAUUCUUACGACGACACGAGCAUUCGCGCCACCCAAAGAGACAUUACGACGUAUCCAGGUAAUUCUGUACGUUUGCGUUGCGAGAUCAGGGAACACGCCGUGAUAGAAUGGAGUAGAGAGGGUCAAUUUUUGCCUUUACACGGUCGAAUUGGCGAAGACUAUUUAGAAUUAACGCAAGUCAAACCAGAAGACAGUGGAAGAUAUAUUUGUCAAAUUCGUAACUCCCAUGGAGUUUCCAGUGAUUACAUUAAUUUGAAUGUGAUACUAGUUAAUUUGCUUGCGGAUUGCAUGCCAGUGUACCGAUCGCAGUGCAGACCCGGGGAGUAUAAGUGCUACAGUCAACAAUGCAUUCAUUUGGAUUACUUUUGCGACGGCUAUGCUCAAUGCAACGAUGGUACUGACGAACGCUUCUGCCGCAUCCCGCAAUAUCGCCAAUUUCUUCAAAGACGACGCGCUGCCGUUGCACCUGCACUUACCAUCGAGGCAUCUCAAGAUCCUGUAAAUAUCGGAGAUACGGUUGACAUACGUUGCGCGUGUUCGGGUAUUCCUAGUCCGCACUAUCGAUGGUCCAGACCGAACCAUCCGGAUUUACCAGCGAAUGCUCAAACGUACGAAAAUAUUCUUAGAUUGUCCAACGUAGCCGUCAGCGAUAGCGGUACCUACAAAUGUACAGUAAUGACUCCGCAAGGCAUCUUUGAGGAAGAUUUCAAUCUCAUUGUACAUGGUGGACAUAACGAUGGGCCAGCAAUUGAAACGAAGUUGGCACCUUACGGAUCUAGUAUUGAAAUGGAUUGUCACGUUGAUCUUGAACCACCUGUUAAAUUCCAAUGGAACAAACUUGGUGGAUUGUUAUCUCUGGACACAGAAACUUACCAGAAUACAUUGAAACUGAAAAAUGUCAAAGCCGAAGAUGCAGGAACAUACAUUUGUAUAGCAAACAACGAUAAAGUAAAUUUAGAAGUACCGACCGUGCUCGUCGUAACGGGAGUCGUACCUAACUUCAGUCAAGCGCCAGAGAGUUACAUAGCUUUGCCUCCAUUACCUGAUUCAUAUCUCAAGUUCAAUAUUGAGAUAUCUUUCAAACCGGAGAAUUAUGACGGCAUUAUCUUAUACAAUGCCGAAUCGAAUCACGGUAAUGGGGAUUUCAUUCUUCUAUCCCUAGUAGGAGGAUAUCCACAAUUCAAAUUUGACCUUGGUUCUGGAUCAGCUGUUAUAUUGGCGGAUAAAUCGGUUACUUUGGGUCAAUGGCAUACGAUUAAAAUUCAACGUGUUAGAAAGGAAGUAACGAUGCUAGUCGAUGGUCAAGGACCGUACAGAGGAGUAUCGGCUGGUCGAAGACAAGGAUUAGAUCUUAAGGGUCCACUUUAUAUCGGUGGAGUUCCAAAUCACAGUAUUGUUAUCAAAGAGGCUGUUUCGAAUAUCGGAUUCAUUGGUUGUAUCAGCAGACUAGUCAUUGGUGAAAAGGAAAUUGAUUUAAUCGGAGAUCAAACGGGUAACGUAGGGAUAACGACUUGCGAAACGUGCGCCGAAAAUCCAUGCAAUAAUGGUGGAGUUUGCCAGGAGGCAGCUACAAAGAACGGUUAUAUGUGUUUAUGUAGAGCUGGAUUUAAUGGGAAACAUUGUAACUUUGUCGGACAAUCUUGCUAUCCAGGCGCCUGCGGAGAAGGAAAGUGCGUGGAGAAGGAGGCUGGUUUUGAUUGUUACUGCCCGUACGGAAAGACUGGUCCACGUUGCGAACGAUCGGUAAAGAUCUACGAACCAGCUUUUAACGAUGACAAAGCUUUCAUCGCACAUGAUACACCAAAGGCUCUUCGAAGGCUUAAAAUAGCUAUGAACUUCAAUCCUACCGACGAAGGAGAUGGAAUAUUGAUAUAUUGUUCUCAAAGCGAAGAAGGACUUGGAGAUUUCGCAGCGCUCAUAAUAAAGAACAAGCACGUUGAAUUUCGCUACGAUAUUGGCUCGGGUAUGGCCACAUUGAGAUCUAAUUAUAUUGUACAACCUGGAACGUGGACGUACGUAACGAUAAACAGAGAUUUCAAAGAGGCGAAAUUAUCCGUGAACGGAGAGCCGUUCAUCGAAGCAAGAUCUCCUGGUGGCGCACGUACCAUGACAUUGAAUACGCCGUUGUACAUCGGUGGCGUUGAUCGUAGAAAAAUUACAUUGAACAAGAAUCUCAAUGUUGAUCGUAAUUUUCAUGGAUGCAUUAGCGAACUUGAAGUAGCUUCCGUUAGCCUGGAGAUCUUAAAAUCGGCAACGGAUAUGGCAAAUAUCGAAGAUUGCUCCAUGCUUCAUCCGAAUCAGACGAUUCCACGUACUACGCUCAUUACCCCUCCACCUACAAAUCCGCCAACAACUUUGUACGAUCCGUGCGCAUCGAGUCCUUGUAUACACGGGUUCUGUCAGAGUUUAGAUUCUCGCGAAUAUUCCUGUACCUGCGAAUAUGGAUAUGCGGGAAGAAAUUGUGAGAAUGUAUUGAAACAGUGCGAGGUAUACGCGCCUUGUAGAAACGGUGGUACUUGCACGGAUCUACACGGAUCUUACAAAUGCGACUGUAGGCUUGGCUUUAACGGGCAAACUUGUGAAAAAUUGGCAGAUAUCACGUAUGACAUCGCGUUCAAAGGAGAUGGAUGGUUAGAACUGGAAAGAUCAGUAAUGACGCACGAAGAAGAACGCGAGGUAUUGGGUUUCGAGAUAUCGACGAAUAAAACAAAUGGUUUGAUCAUGUGGCACGGACAAACGCCAAACGAUUUGAAUCCCGAUGACUACAUAUCUCUGGCGGUUGUCGAUGGUUACGUGGAAUAUCAAUACAAUUUGGGAUCAGGCCCGGCGGUUAUUCGCGUAACCGCUCAAAGAGUCGACGACGGAGAAAGGCAUAGAAUCAUUUUAAAACGACAAGGCAGCGAUGGUAGCAUCGAGUUAAACGGCGAACAUACGGAAAGUGGACUGAGCGACGGGCUACAACAAAUCUUGAAUACCAGAGGCAGCGUUUAUUUAGGAGGUGUGCCUGAUUACGCAAUGACCUACGGACGAUACCACGAAGGAUUUUCCGGUUGUAUUUACACUCUCGAGGUACAAGACUCCGGGGCUAUCGAUAUAGGAGAAAAAGCUAUUAGAGGAAAAAACGUUUCUCCGUGUACCAGAGUGAGAUGGAUUCCAUCUUCGUUGGUAUUUACGGACGCAGAUGCAGAUAUUUUUGAUGCGUUUGUACCUCCACCUCCUGUAAAUAUUAUUCAUCCAAAACCUGCUGCAAACGUAGCCACGUGUAAUAUUAAGAGUUAUCUACUAUUGAUCGUGUUGCAACAUUUGAUUGCGUUGAAAAUAGAAAGCAGAAAUUUAAUCGUUGUUUGUACACUUUUUUACAUAGGUGCUAUUAAUACGUCAUAAGAAAUUUAUUGAUUUAAAUAGACAAAUACGUUUCAAUUUAUACAAUUUAUAGGGUAUACUUAUAUUCCAAGUUUGUGCUAAUACGUAAAUGCUUGUAAUAUUCGUAUUCCCAUAAUUUUUAAAGAAAUAUGUCUCUAUAAUCGUUAAAUUUGUUGAUUGUUUAAUGCAUUGUCAACGCAAUCUGGAACAAUCUGACCAAACCCAUGUGAUCCAGUCGAAAAACUUUCUAUCCGUGGUGAUCCGGGAAGAAGACAUUAAGAGAAUCUGUACGUGAUACGAUCCUACCUUAUUACUAAUUCAUUUUUCAAUAUUCAAAGCGGAUGGUUCUUUUGUCAAAUAUUUUAACGUUCGUUAAUGCGUUCCGUUUUAUAGAAAACUACAUUUGUUUACGAUAUGAAAGUACUGCAUACAAAUGUUAUAUAACAGCGAAACGUAUGGCAUUAUUGUAACUUUAAAAGUUUUCUACUAAGAAAUAGGGAUAAACAUUAUCGAUUGAUGUAAAAUAUUUAGGAUAUUUCUCUAUACACAAAUAUUAACUAUAAUCGGAUAAAGACUUUGACAUCAAACCCGUAAAGGUUUGUACUAAUGAAAGUAUCUAAUUAAAAUCAUACUUGUUCAUUGAUAAUAGUAAGAAUCGUAUCAAGCCUAUGCAAAGUAAUUAUGAUUUUUGCUUAAAAAGUAUUUUAUAUCGACCACGACGUUGUUACGAGUUAUUAGUAACAACUACUCAGUUACUUUCAAGCUUUUUAAUAAUCGCCAUCUUUUAUUUCCAUCAUUGAAAAUGUUUUUAUCCAGAAAUGUUAUAUUCUUUUCUACUUUAUCGGUAAUCCGU